AUGGAAAUGGGCUUUCCGGCUAAAAAGUUAUAUGAUAAAGAUGAAUUUAUAGCAAUUCCUGGUUUUGCAUCUUGCUUUAAAUGUUUGGAAACUUAUCGUUAUAUAGAUUCAAGCACUACUCACAUAAACUCUCAUAAAUGUCCUAAAUUAUUAUCAUCAAAUCAAACAUCUCUUGAUCAGCAUUUUUUAUCAAAAUCAAGUCCUCGUCAAACUGAUCAACGCACAGUUCCUGUUGCAAAAGCUAUUGCAAAAAGAAAAGAAGAAAUGAAAAAAGUCUGUGCUCGAUGGAUCGCCCAUUCAAUGCGAUCUUUUCAAAUUGUUCAAGAUCCUGGUUUUAAAGCUGUGAUCGACGAAUGUCUAAAAAUUGGUCGAGAAUUUGGUCCUGAUACAGUGAUAUCUUCUAAUAAUAUUAUUAGCUGUGAUCGAACAAUUAAAAAUGAAAUUAAAAGGUUAGCUGCUCAUGAAAGGUUAUUACUUAAGGAUCGUUUGGUGGAAGCUGUGAAAUAUGGUGGUGUGUGUAUCAGUCCAGAUAUAUGGAGUGACAAGUAUCGUAAAAUUUGUUACUUAGGUUCAACAGCUCAUUUUGUCGAAAAAGACAGUAAAUAUUACUCGGUUGAUUUAUUUUGCACUGAAUUUAAAGCAAAAAAGAAAAGCGGUGAAAAUAUAAUGAAACUGUUACGCAAGGAAUUAUUAUCUUUCGGAUUAGAAAACUAUUUAUCUGAUAUAAUAUUUGUUACUGAUCGUGGUAGUAAUUUCGUUAAAGGUUUAGAUGGUUAUACGGAAAAAAAGAAUGACAAAAAUAAAACAACAACAACAACAACAACAGUUAUUGAACGAAUAGAAAAAACACCUAAUAACACAACUAAAUACAGAACCACAAUUCAAGCAUCACCAGAAAUCGAUUCUCAGAUGGAAUUAUUCGAUGGUGAAGAUGAUUAUGAAACGGAUGAUUCCGAAAUAAGUGAUGAUGAUGAUAGUAUUACUGAUUAUUCAUCUACUACAAUUAAUGACCUACCAACAUCUGCAAGAGAAAUUUUAGAUACUAUUCAUUAUUGUAAAGCUUUAGCCAACCUUGAUCGUCAUAUUCAAGUUGAACACGAAGAUGAAUAUGGUUCAACAGUUGAUGAUGACAGUAGUAAAACAAAAUUCUCAAAAUUUACCACUCUUCAUCAAUCUUCGGUCGUUCGAUGGCUCUCUUUACAUGAAUUAUUAUCAAGUAUUGAAAAAGCUUAUCAUCCUCUGAAACAUAUUUUACAUGAAAAACAAGAGUCAUCAAGACUCGAAAAGAUCAACAUGAAUAUUGUUAGUCAAUUAAUCAAAUUUUUGGAGCCAUGGAAAUAUGUAAUGAAUGAAACUCAACUUAGUAAUUCACCAUCAUUAUUUAUGACAUUACCUUGUAUCGGUUAUCUGAAACAACAAAUUAUAAAAAUGGAACGAACAAUGAGAGGUGGUAUGAAAUUAUUUGCUAAACGAGCAUCACAAUUAUUAGAAUCUAUGUUUAAAAUUGAAAAUUUGCACGUUAUGGGAACAUUUUUACAUCCAAAUUACAAACAAUUAAGAAAUGCUACACAAAUUCAAAUAAUUGAAUGUCAUCGUUCGUGUCGAAUGGCAAUUCCACCAUCAUCAACUUCGACAACUAUAUUAUCUAAUGAUUGUAGUGAUAUUAAUGAACCUUUAACAAAGAAACCGAAACUUUUCUUAGAAUCAUUAAUGGAUGAUGUAACUCCAGUUGUAGUGACACAAACAAAAGAUGAAUUCGAUUUAUAUAUUGAUUUACAACUUAAGGAUAAUGAGAUUUAUACAAAUCCACUUAUAUUUUGGCAACAACAUCAAU